AUGGAGUGCCAGCUGUCAGGCGAGCAGAUUCGCGGAUUAUGCCGAGCAGUUCAGUGCCUGGCCAAGGUGGCCCACAGCGAUUACAUCACCUUCCUGGCGGCUCCUGUGGAGCUGUCACUGCGAGGCAUCAACACGGCCAAGACGGCGUAUCUGGUGGUCAACUUCGCCACGGACUACUUUCAAACCUUCAAGCUCACAGAACCCACCUGCUCCUGCUCGGCUCUGGUCAAGUCAGUGCUGGCAGUGUUCCGCACAGCGCCAGCAGCCAUGCAGACUCUCACCAUCACAGCAGACGGCAAGGAGCCCGACAACAUUCGCUGGAUCAUCGACUGCCAGAACGGCGUGCGCAAGACCUACACCAUCGCGUGUGUGAACGACAGGGAAGUGUUGUCAGCCUCCAUCGACCCGUCCACCUACCCCUCCUCGCUCGUCGCCCGCCCCAAGGCCCUGCUGCAACUGCUCAACCACUUCCAAUCCACCCUUUCCGAGAUCACCAUCAUUGCUGCCGACCCUGAGGACGUGACAGCCUCGGGAACAGGCACGGGGGGAGGUGCGGCGGGGAGGGGAGGGGGCAGCGAGGCGAAGGCGGUUGAGAUGAGGAGCUAUGUGGAGCCGACUCUUGCUGGCUCGUCGGCAGACGGACGGCUGGAGGCGUCUCCGGAGGCAGCGAUGCACACACAGCUGUGGGUGGACCCCGGGGAGCACUUCGAGGCGUACUGCCACAGGGGAGAUGCUGUGGAUGUUACUUUCAGCGUGAAGGAGGUGAAGGCGUUUGUACAGUUCUGUGAGUCCGCAGCAGCAGACGUGGUCAUGCUCUUCCAUCGAGCCGGAGCCCCUCUCAUGCUCAUGCCGAGAUUUCCCAAUCCACAUACCACUCCCACGCGCAACCCCCGCCACGCACAUGCACACGCACCACUCGCAUCUGACUUUGAUUCACGACUUGUGAUCGCCACCAUGCUCGAAUCCCAGCUCCCCACGCCUCCGCCCUCUGACCCUUCCGUUCACCGAGCCUCCGCCCAACCUGGCACACCUGCCACUCCUGCUCACCAAGCCGCGGCUACCCCCCAAGCCUCUGCCAAAGCUGGCGCUCCUUUUCACAAGGGCUCGGCUUUCCGAGCGUCUGGCGAAGCUGGAACUCCUACAGUUGCAGCUUCAGGUUCCCAGCGCUCCUGUCAUAGAGGUUCGGGAGCUGUUCCGCACCAAGCCUAUCCAACAGGCUCGGGCUGCAGAGAAGAUCCAGGAAGAGGAGGGCUGGGUGAAGGCGAGGAAGAGGGAGGGGAUGAAAUGAGGGUCGAGGAAGGUGCUGAGAAGGUUCCGUUGAAAGAUCCAGAUGCAGGAGCAAGGCUGGAGGCAGGCUGGGCGCAUGGAAAACGAUGGUCAGACCUCUCAGGGGCGAAGGGCACAGCACACAAGGCUGGCGAGGGUCUGGGUGGAGGGGAGGGGAGUGGCGGUGGGAGAAGAGGAAGCAGCACGUGGCCCAGGGAGCAGCAACAACCAUCACCAGGCCAUGAGCAGCACGAUCAACGGCAGCAACAGCACGAUCAGUACCAGCAACAGCAGGCAGCCAAUCAGGUUCCAGACAGCGAGGACGCCACCGAGGAGCUUCCCAUUGGUCGGCUGGCAGCGGCGUCAGGAGGCGACAGUGGCGGUGGCGGUGGUGGUGGUGGUGGUGUUGCCGGUGGAAGCAACACCGGGGGUAGUGUGGAUGGGAAUGGCAUGGUGACUGGCGGUGCUGCUGAUGUGUCUGCUGGGCGAUUCAUGCCCACUGAGGCAUCCACCCCAGGGAGGCAAGCACCUCAUCAACGGCAAGAAGCCUCUCGUGCAGAGCAACCUCCUCUUCAGAGAGAUCCGGACCGUUGGAUUGAAAAUACGGAGGAUGACGAGAUGGAGGACAAAUUACGGGGGCGUAUUGGUGGCCCUAUGGACGAGGAUCAGUGUGAAGGAAUUGGUGAUGAGGAUGAGCAGGACGGGUCAAUGAGCAAUCUCGAACGAGCACUCGAAUACGCGAAGAAAAAGGUCGACGACGAGCUUCGCGUGUUCAUUAGCGACAUCGCCAAGCGGCUGAACCUCCCAGGCGCCGCGCCGCCCAGAACUCCUCCCAAGUCGCCCGUCUCGCCCUCUAACGCCUACCCGUCAACGUUCACGUCGUUCUUAAUGUCGCCGGAGUCAUCCAGGUGGGAGCAAGGGGCGCUCUAUCUCAAAGACCUAGCUGAGAAAUGCUUACGCAUGCACGCAGACGAGUUCGGAUCGGCGUGCGAAGACAUCGUGCACGAUCUGAACAUGGCGCGGCAGCAGCUUCCCAUGGGAACCCUAAAGCAGCUGCACAUGAAAAUGCUCUUCAUUCUCACUCGCUGCACGCGUCUGCUGCAGUCGCAGAAGGAAGCGGAGGCGGAGAUGCCGUACGGGGGAGCGUACGGGGGGCCGUAUAGGGGCGCGGAGGUCUUAGCGACGCCGAUGGUUCGUAACCGUCCGCCUGGCUUGCCGUCGACGCUGCGAUCGCAAGCGUCGAUGGCGGCGACUCACUUUUCGUCGUUUACUAAAUCGAAGCCGCUGGAACGUCCCGCAGAGCUCCCCGCAGGUCACUCCUCGGAGCACUCGGCGGAGCAGGCCGCGGGGCAGCCGGCGGAGAAGGGGCGGCUGCAGCGGCAGCAGCAGCAGCAGCCGCCGCAGCCGCCGCAGCGGUCGAUCAUCCGGUGGGACUCGUGCCCCGCGCCGGCGGACUGGCGGGUGCGCGACCCCAAGGCGGAGCAGAAGGGGGGCGCGGGGCUGGGUUUGGGCGCGCGGAAGGAUGAGGGAAAGCAGCGGAGCAAGAGCAAGUCGAACAUGAUGGACGACUGGAGUGCCGCGGUGGCGGAGAUGAGAGGGGCUCUAGACGACGGUUCGGGGCUUGGUUCGACUAAGAAGAAGCUGUCCGGUGGGUUGAUUGGCGGAGUGACGAGUCUGGUUCGGAUGGUUAGUGGGAAACUAGAGGAGCUAUUGGCGUCGGUUAAGGAGGAGGAAGCAGCAGAGAUGGAGGAGGCGAGGAAGGAUCGGGUGGAAAAGGCAAAGGAGAAGGAGAAAGGGAAGGAGAAGGAGAAGGGGAAGGAGAAGGAAAAAGGAAAGGAGAAGAUGGAUAAGGGCAAGGAGAAGGCAGAGAAAGGGAGGGACAAGAGUGCGGGCAGGAAGGGCAGCAGCGCGACCAUGUCUCCAUCGCCUAUGCAGAGUAAACGGUUGUCGGAUGAUGGACGGGAGGAAGGGGACGUGUCUCUGGCUAGCAGCAGUGGGGAGCAGGGAUGGCUGCAGCAGUUGUUCCAGCCGCAGCCGCAGCCGCAGCAGCCGCAGCCGCAGCAACAGCAGCAGUAUUCCCAGCAGCAGGAGGAUCAGGUGCAAUCCGGGGUGCCCCAGCAGCACGUGCAGGAGCUGCAGCCACAGGCGCAGGCGCCGAUGGACGCGCAGAUGCACUCGCCGGCGGACAUGCUCAUUGGGGAGCAGCAAGCGCACACGGCGGGUCCGCUCGCUCCGCCUGUUGACGCGGAGGUGCACGGGUCCACGAGCGCGCGGGGGCUGCUGUGGGGGCGGGUGGCGGAGAUCCGCAAGGAGGAGGAGAUUCAGCGCGCAUUUCGUAGCCAGUCCGCGCGGGACAAGGCCUCCGCCUCCCGGUCGAGCGACUCUGCGCCGUCGCCUGCAGCAGCGCCUGUAGCGCCGGUAACGCCGGGGGGAACGGCGGUUCGGGAGAUGGGCGCAGCGGGAGACGCAGAGGUAGCGGCGGCGCUAGGUGCGGCGUUAGGCGCAUCGGGAGGAGCGGAACCUAAGGUUGCAGCAGCCCUAUCCGCGGGAGAUGGCGCAGGGGCAGCAGGGACCGGCGGAGCAUGGGGCGAGGCGGGGGACACGAGUAUGGCGGUUGAGAGCAUGGCGGUUCCGCAGGAGGGGAUUAAGGGGAGUGAGGGAGUUGAGGGGAGGAAGGGGGGGCAGGGUGGGGCGCGGCAGGGGCAGGGGGACGUGCGGCGGGAGGGGGAGUCGGAGAAGGCGCACAGACGAGGCGAGGGGCGCAGCAGCAGAGCGUGGGACGUGCGGGUCCCAAGCGGAGAAGAGGAUCGGAUGGAGAGCCGGAGGCACGGGGGAGCCAGAGAGCCGCCCUCGCCCUCGGGUAACCACGCAGAGGAUUUUGAUGAUUUACAUGAGAAGGCUAUGAUGAGGUCUGUGUCGGGGCGAAGAGUGCAGUAUAAGUAUGGGUACUGGGGCAAGGGGGAGAAUGAGGAGGAGGAGGGCAUGGAUGGGAUGGUUCCGAACGAGGGGGAACAGGAGUGUGUGGUGAUUUGUCGGAUCUGCGAAGAGGAGGUGAAUGUUACGCAGUUACAGGAGCACUCGCGGCUGUGCGCGCUCGCGAAUCGGUGCGACUCGGCGCAGUUUUCGAUCGACGAUCGGCUGAGGCGGCUAGCGGACGGCCUGGAUCACAUCUCGAACGAGCAAGUGUCGCGGCUGGGCGCCAUGUCGUUCCAACGAGUGCCGUCCAACUCGUCGUCCGCUGCUGGCGGGUCAGCCUCUUCUGGGGUGACCGGGGGGCUGGAUUCGCAUUCCCAGCAGGUGGGGUCGUUGGGGGGAGGGGGAGGUGUAGGGGGCAGCAGCAGCAGCAACGUGUCCAACUGGUCGUACGUGAGCCACCACCUGCAGCAGCAGCAGCAGCAGCACAAGCUGCAGCAGCAGCAGCAGCUGCAGGCCGCAGGCGAGGAGGGGUCCCAGUACGAGCCCUCCAUGAGCGCUGUGACGAGCAUGAGCGGCGCUACUUCCACCAGUGGGUUCCUAUCCGCGGGUACUGCCUCGCCCAUGCCCACGUCGCCGGCAGGGUCGGCGGGCACGCGAGGGGACGGCCAUGGGGGGUAUGGGAGCCCUGGAUCGUCGCUGCUGAAGAGUGCUCUGGCGGGCGGGGGGAGGGAGCUGAUGGAGGAGCACAUCCACAUGGUGGCACAGGAGGAGAUCGCUCUGAUGGACGACCUGGCGGACAUAGCACAGGACGUGGCGGACGUGUCACUGGAGGACGAGAAGCCCGAGGAGCUGCUGCUGACGGACAUGAGGGACCUCACGGACCUGCUCCGCACCAACGAUGCGCGCUUCCUCACCAUCGACGUGUUCGGGCGGCGUAUCACCAAGCUGCUGCAGGAGAAGUACUACCGUCUGAGGGACAUCCUGGACCACCACAUGGGUGCGGCAGCGGGCAGUGCAGUGCGGGGCUAUGGGGGGGCGGAGGGGGGCGAGGGCAUGGAGUAUGCGGAUGAGGACGGGGAGGACGUGCUGCACCUCUCCCGCAGCGCGCGCAGCACCCCGCCCAACGCGUCUAUGGGCGGCGGCAGCAGCAUCGGCGGCGGCAGCAUUGGUGGCUUUGCUGGUGGUGGUGGGGGUGGGGGUGGUGGUGGUGGGGGUGGAGGGGGUGGUGGUGCCGGUGCGUCGUCGUCGUCGGCCUCGGCGGCGGGGCGGGAUCGCACGACGAUAGACGAUUUUGAGCUGAUCAAGCCGAUCAGCAAGGGCGCGUAUGGGCGUGUGUUCCUGGCCAAGAAGAAAACUACAGGGGAUCUCUUCGCCAUCAAGGUGCGUGCGUGCGUGGGCGGGUGUUGGGCAUCUGGCAAGGAAUCGCAUCGCACGACGAUAGUCGAUUUUGAGCCGAUCAAGCCCAUCAGCAAGGGCGCGUAUGGGCGUGUGUUCCUGGCCAAGAAGAAGACCACGGGGGAUCUUUUUGCUAUCAAGGUGCUGCGCAAGGCGGACAUGGUGCGCAAGAACGCGGUGGAGAGCGUGCAGGCGGAGAGAAACAUCCUCGCCUCCGUGCGCAGCCCAUUCGUGGUGCGGUGCUUCUACUCGUUCACAUGUCGCGAGAACCUCUAUCUGGUGAUGGAGUAUCUCAACGGGGGCGACCUCUUCUCGCUGCUGCAGAACCUCGGCUGCCUCGAGGAGCCCAUGGCUAAGGCCUACAUCGCUGAACUCAUGGGUCUAUUCAACAGCACGGGGGACUUUGCCAUCGGCCCUCUCGCCACCACAGGGCCCUCUGAGCCCCCCUCCCCCAACGUCACCGCCGCCGCUGCCGCCGCUGCUGCCGCUGCCGCCUCUGCCUCCGCUGCUGCUGCAGCCUCUGCAGCCGCCCUCUCCUCCUCGUCCCACCCCCCAGCCGCCCUCGGCUUCCCCAAAUCCGGGUCGAUAGAUUCCGGCGCGUCAGUCUCUGCGUCGAUUCCGACGUCGCCCCUUUGGGCGGCAGACCGGGCGGUUGACUUCCCGCACGCGCCGUCCGGCGCGUCGUCCCGUCCGUCGUCCUCUUCCGGCCGCACUUCCCCGUUUUCAGGGGUUCCGGGCGGCGCGGGGAUGGUGGGCGGCGGAGGGGCGGGGAGUGUGGGAGGGGCGGGAGGUGCGGGGGGGAUGGGGGGAGGAUCGGCGUCGCCAGCGUGGAAGGCGGAGGUGGAGUCGCUGCAGGGCGCGGGGCGGAGUGCGUCGGCGGAUGUGGAGAAGAAGAAGGAGCAGACGGUGGGCACGCCGGACUACCUCGCUCCGGAGAUCCUGCUCGGCACGGGCCAUGGUGCCACAGCGGAUUGGUGGGCGGUGGGAGUGAUGCUAUUUGAGCUGCUCUGUGGUGUGCCCCCCUUCAACGCGCCCUCCCCAGAGAUCAUAUUUGACAACAUUCUGAACCGUGACAUCCCAUGGCCGGAGGUGCCGGAGGAGAUGUCGUACGAGGCCAUGGACCUCAUUGAUAAGCUGCUGCAUCCUGAGCCGUCUCUGCGGCUAGGAGCGAGGGGAGCGGAGGAGGUGAAGGCACACCCCUUUUUUGACGGCAUUCGCUGGGAGACCCUCGCGCAGGAACAGGCGGCGUUUGUGCCGAGUCCCGACAGUCCGCACGACACGGGGUACUUUUUGACGCGCGGGUGGCAGCAGGAGCAGGGCGGCAUGGACGGGGGAAACAUGGCGAUGGGCAUGGGCGAGAGCGAGAGCGCCAGCAGCGACGCCUGCAGCAGCACGUCUGCAGACGACUUUUACCAGGGCGAGCAGGGAGAUGAGCCUGGUGAUAUGAGGAACUUCUCAGACAAUGUCGCUGCUGCCUUCACCAACUUCUCCUUCAAGAACCUCUCUCAAUUGGCUGAGAUCAACUAUGACGCGCUCAAGGCGCUGGAGCUCCGCCUUGUCUCCGCCGCGGCAGUCUGUCCUCCCCUCUCCGCCUUCCCCUCUCUCCUCUCCCUCACACUCUACCGCCUAGACGGCCUUCCAGCGCAAAUCUCCUCCCUCUCGCUCUGCUCCUCCCUCACCUCCCUCUCCCUCUGGCACCUCACAGACCCGCUUCUCUCCUCCCUCUCUUCCUCCUCCUCCUCUCUCCCCGCCCUCCAGUCCUUCACCCUCACAUCAGCAUCAGUCAAAACUUCCCUGGGAUCCCUCGGUGCUUUCCCCCUCCUCUCCUCCCUCGCUCUCUGCUCAUGCUCGCAAAUCGGUCCCCCUGAAAUGCACUCUCUCUCGCGCUCCCUCCACACACUCACCCAUCUGACCAUACAAGACUGCCCCAUGAUUUGCUCCUCUGCGGUGGCCGCUCUAACCGCUGCUAAUUCAUCCCUCGCGUCUCUUUCCCUCCGGGGCAGCUUGCGUCUCUUCAGGCCUGGAGGUGCUGAAGCGGCGCUUAAACCCGCCGCCGGCGCUAUAGAAUCGCUGACGCUUAGCGGCGUGCCGACGCUGAGCUGGGGCAUGCUUGAGGGAUGCACGCAAUUGAAGGCUCUGCGGCUGGAAUAUGGGAAAGGGUCCGUGUGGGAUAUUGGGGGGUUUGGGAACGGCGUGGAAGAGAACGGAGGGGAGAAAGUGUUGAAGAGGGGGCGGGUGGGGAGGGAGGAGCAGAUGGAGGAGGAAGGGGAGAGGCAACGGUCGUGCCUCUGGAGUCGAUUUGCCUUCACUGCUUUGCCUUUGCCCCGGAUGCUCGAGUCUCCCUAA